ACUUUUCAUGAGGAUUCGGUAUUGGUUUCCAACAUGCAUGCACGCGUCAUCGAACUUUCUAAAGAUAUUUUAAAGUAUGAAUUUUUAAAUAAAAAUCAAAUACCUUUGCAUUUUCGCUGAAAACAAGCUGAUUAAUUAAUUCCAAAGGUGCAGUAUUUUAAUCCACAACAAUAACUUAGGGUAUCAUGUUUCAUUCUCAAAAAGUGAGCUGCUCUCUGAAAAAGGCUGUUAAAAAUGUUAGCAAAGCUAUAUCGGCGUCCACCCCUGUUCGAACAGAAAGCUCAUCGAGCGCCUUAUAUCCUCUAACUUCCAAAGAAGUUAUGGAAAGGGAGUCUAAGUAUGGAGCUCACAAUUACCACCCCCUGCCCGUUGUAAUACACAAAGGGAAAGGUAUACAUGUAUGGGACGUAGAAGGCAAACAGUAUUUUGAUUUUUUGAGUGCUUACAGUGCUGUCAAUCAAGGGCACUGCCAUCCUAAAAUCUUAGAAGCACUAGCGAAGCAAGCUGAAAUCGUAACAUUAACAUCCAGAGCAUUCUACGCAUCAGCUUUAGGGGAGUAUGAAGAAUUCAUCACGAAAAAAUUCGGAUAUCAGAAAGUCCUUCCUAUGAACACUGGUGUUGAAGCAGGAGAAACAGGUUGCAAGUUGGCUAGGAGAUGGGGUUAUGAUGUAAAAGGUAUAGGAAAGAACAAAGCCAAAAUCAUUUUUGCUGAAGGAAAUUUCUGGGGACGAACCUUAUCAGCCAUUUCAAGUUCUACAGACUCUUCCAGUUAUGCAGGGUUUGGUCCUUAUAUGCCGAAUUUCGAACUUGUGCCUUACAAUGAUACAAAUGCCUUAGAGAAAAAACUAAAGGAUCCAGAUGUUUGUGCUUUUAUGGUAGAACCAAUUCAAGGAGAGGCUGGUGUCGUGGUACCUGAUCCUGGCUACUUGAAAAAAGUUCGUGAGUUGUGCACCAAAUACAACGUUCUAUGGAUAGCUGAUGAAGUUCAAACUGGACUAUGCCGAACUGGAAAGUGGUUGUGCGUUAAUCACGAAAAUGUUAAACCAGAUAUCCUAUUAUUGGGAAAAGCUUUAUCUGGCGGAGUAUAUCCAGUUUCCGCUAUCUUAGCCAAUGAUGAAGUUAUGCUGGUUAUAAAACCUGGAGAGCAUGGUUCAACUUAUGGAGGCAACCCUCUAGCUUGUAAAGUUGCCAUGGCUGCUCUUCAGGUGUUAGAAGAAGAAAAACUUGCAGAUAAUGCAGAAACGAUGGGAAAAUUGUUCAGAUCUGAACUUGAAAAACUAUCUAAAGACAAAGUGAGAAUAGUUCGGGGCAAAGGUCUUCUUAAUGCGCUAGUCAUCAAUAAAAGUUUUGAUACUUGGGAUAUUUGCAUUAAAUUGCGUGACAAAGGUCUUCUAGCCAAACCCACCCAUGGAGACAUCAUUCGAUUUUCUCCACCCUUGGUAAUAAAUAAAGAACAGAUGACACAAUGUAUUGAAAUCAUUCACAACACAAUCGCUGCUUUAUAAAUAGACAUGAAGAAUUAAAUUAACCAUUAAAUACAUUUUUAUAAAGUUUGUAUUGUAUAAAUAAAAUAUUUUUUUACAGUG